AUGGAGUCGCCUGAUUUCGAGGCUGCGAGCCAAAGGCAGAGGUCUCGAGCUGCUGUGAUUACAACGACGACUUCUACUCUGUGCGAAAAGCUACCGCACGUUUUAACAAAGGACGGCGCCGUCUUCCCCGUCAGCUUGGAUGACGAAUCCAAACUAUCGGAUCCGGAUCCGUGGAUUGGUCUAGUGCUAGUCCUCAUUUACGAGUAUCUUCAGGGCCAAAAGUCUUUAUGGGGUCCUUAUUUUGAUGUGCUACCCCAUAACUUCGACACUCCAAUGUUCUGGUCUGAACCGGAGCUCGAUCAGUUGCAAGCAAGCUCGGUUAGGUCCAAGAUUGGCAAGGAUCAAGCCAAUGCCACAUUCAUCACCAAGGUCUUACCCUGCGUGAACGCGAAUGCCGACGUAUUUUACGCUGAUAGCAAUGUCCGCUUGAGUGAUGGGGAACUUCUCGAGCUCUCGCAUCGAAUGGCAAGCCUUAUUAUGGCCUACGCCUUUGACCUAGACAAGGACGACGACGAGGAACAGCAGGACGGUAACUCGGAAGAGGAGUGGGUUGAGGAUAAGGAGGCUUCCAUGUUAGGCAUGGUUCCAAUGGCUGAUAUUCUCAAUUCCGACGCGGAAUUCAACGCUCAUGUUGAUCAUGACGACAAUGUGGUUACUGUUACCUCGCUUCGGAUCAUACGGCAAGGGGAGGAAGUUUUGAACUACUAUGGUCCUCUCGCUAACUCGGACCUGCUGCGACGAUAUGGGUACGUUAGUAGCCUUCAUCGACGAUACGAUAUCGUUGAGAUCCCUCGCUCCAUGGUGGCCACCCAGGUGCAAGUCUCACUUCAAGUCUCGGAGGCUUUCAAAGAUAAAGCGGUACCAUUUUUCGAGGAUGAGGUAGACGACCCAAUCGUCCUGGAGCGGGACGCCGGAGAACCCAACUCGGACGGGACCCUCAUAGCGCCUAUUCGGACUGAUAAGUUACUUUCAGAACUGGAGGAGGCGACGAUAGCAAUUCUCAAGGCGUUCCGGAAGGUGUCGGCUUCUGUCGUGGCCGAUAAACGCAAGAGGGAAGAAACGUGCAGGGAGGUACUGCCUCUGGUUCUAUCCAAUAGGUUGUCGGAGUAUUCGACUACCCUCGCCGAUGACGAGCUGAUCCUUGCCGACCCUCAAACUACGGGUCGAUUCCGCAUGGCGGUCGAAGCUCGGGCUGGGGAAAAGCGGCUGCUGCAUGAAGCACUCGCCUUAGCUGCGAUUAAAACUGCAGACGUGUCCCUUGACGAGAGCAUGGGCGAGAGACCGGCUAAGAAAAAUAGAAUGCUUUGA